AUGCUCACCCUCACCCUCAAUCCCCCUACAAAAUACAAACCAGGAGACUCAGUAACCGGGGACGUAAGAUACAACCCAAAAAGAAAUGCCCGGUUCCUAUCCUACCCGAUCCGCCUCCUCGUCCAGCUCAUUGGAAACACAGAAACGAAAGUCGAAUCACAUAGUGGUCACGCCACAUUUCUCCGUUUCACGGCUAUCAAUCUAUAUCUUUCGCAUAGGGAACAUAUUUGCCCUUUUUCAUUUCCGUUUCCGAAUAUCCUUGCGACUGCGGAUACGGACGCGGACAGUCAUCCGCCAACUGUCCAGAUGCAAAACAUGCAACCAGGCGCGAAACAACACACUCUCCCGCCUUCCUUUACUGAGGUGAUGGGCGGAGUAGUCUCCGAAGGAACAGUGGAGUAUGCCGUGACCGCCUCGAUCUGGAUCCAGUAUGACAGUUCGAUCGGGAAAUCUACACGAAUAUGCGAGGAAAAAGUCUCAAUUACAUUUGAGCCAAGGUACAGCGGGCUAGAUCUCAAGAUAAUACAGAAGAUGAGGCCGUCUAUCGCGGUGCGGAGGGAUUGCGUGGUGAGGAGCUUGAUGCUUCUACCUAAGCACAGCCGUCAUAUCAGUUCAGAAAAGAAGGACCAAACGGGGUUACAGGUGGUGCCGCAUUUUGACUUCCAGAUCUUCCUGGAUACCCCUACUUAUGGAUAUCUGGGUGGCUCGAGAGAGUGUCUUGUGAAUAUACUACCCGCGCCUAGGACGUCGACGGCACCGAGCAUCCCAGAGUUUUGGGCGAGAAGAUAUAGGGUGCAUUUGGUGGGGUUUACAUCGCUUUUUGCUCCGUCUUCCAAAAGUCGGGGAGAUCACACAGUGAAAAAUGAGAACGUGGUUUUUGAUAUUGAGAACCGAAACUGGGGAGUCCUCUUAUCGAAUGGGAAUGGAUAUACAACAUGGAUAAAGGUGGUGAUACCGGCCGACGAACGUAUAGCGCCCGCGUUUACAAGCUUUAAUAUUGAGAGAAUGUAUUAUUUGCAUGUCGAGGUGUGGGUUGAGUGUGCUGGGGAGGAGUUUUACGUGCGAAGUAAAAAUUGCUUUCGCUUGAUGCCUGUUUUUAGUCGUGUGAGCUCAAUUGUGCCUGAGAAGGGCGAGGAUAGUUUACGAGAUUCGAAGGCGGUGCUGGGCAAGGGAGAUAGAGGCUGUGAUGAUGCCGCUCUGUCGCAAAUAACCUGGCCAGGCGCUGCUAACGAAACGAAUCUCCACCUCAAAUGA